GGACCAGGCUGUCCUUCCUCCUGGAGCCUCAUCUUCCCUUGGCCCUGAAGACUGUCCAGGGCGAACUCAGUCCUUUGUUGCUUUGGGUUCCGUCUUAGAAGAGGCUCUGCUUGACUCCGAAAGAGUAGCCUGAGGAGUUAGGAUGCAGGAGCUGUGUUUGCUGUGCUGGGUGGUCCUCGUGGGCUUGGUGCAGGCCUGUCCCAAGCCCUGCGACUGCGGGGAAAAGUAUGGCUUCCAGAUUGCCGACUGUGCCUACCGUGACCUGGAGGCUGUGCCACCCGGCUUCCCGGCCAACGUGACCACGUUGAGUCUGUCAGCCAACAGGCUGCCCAGCCUGCCAGAGGGGGCCUUCAGGGAGGUGCUCUUGCUGCAGUCGCUGUGGCUGGCACACAACGAGAUCCGCACAGUGGCCGCUGGUGCCCUGGCCCCUCUGGGCCAUCUCAAGAGCCUGGACCUCAGCCACAACCUCAUCUCUGACUUUGCCUGGAGUGACCUGCACAACCUCAGCGCCCUCCAGUUGCUCAAGAUGGACAGCAACGAGCUGACCUUCAUCCCCCGAGACGCCUUCCGCAGCCUUCGUGCCCUGCGCUCCCUGCAGCUCAAUCACAACCGCUUGCACACGCUAGCAGAGGGCACCUUUGAACCACUCACUGCGCUGUCCCACCUGCAGAUCAACGAUAACCCCUUCGACUGUACCUGCAGCAUUAUGUGGUUCAAGACAUGGGCCCUGACCACGGCUGUGUCCAUCCCGGAGCAGGAUAACAUCACCUGCACUUCACCCCAUGUGCUCAAGGGCACACGGCUAAACCGCCUGCUGCCGCUGCCUUGCUCGGCACCUUCAGUGCAGCUCACGUACCAGCCCAGCCAGGACGGAGCCGAGCUACAGCCUGGCUUCGUGCUGGCACUCCACUGUGAUGUGGAUGGGCAGCCAGCCCCCCAGCUUCACUGGCACAUCCAGACCCCCAGGGGCACUGUGGAGAUUGCCAGUCCCAAUGUGGGUGCCGAUGGGCGCGCCCUGCCAGGUGCCCUGGCAGCCAGCGUCCGGCCGCGCUUCCAGGCCUUUGCCAAUGGCAGUCUGCUCAUCCCCGACUUUGGCAAGCUGGAGGAGGGCACCUACAGCUGCCUGGCCACCAAUGAGCUGGGCAGUGCGGAGAGCUCAGUGAACGUGGCACUGGCCACCCCGGGCGAGGGUGGCGAGGAUGCGCUGGGGCGCAGGUUCCACGGCAAAGCAGCCGAGGGGAAGGGCUGCUACACGGUUGACAAUGAGGUGCAGCCAUCAGGUCCAGAGGACAAUGUUGUCAUCAUCUACCUCAGCCGCACUGGGGGCCCUGAGGCUGCAGCAACAGGAGAAGGGGUCUCUGCACAGCAGCCCCCAGGCCUACUCCUGCUGGGCCAGAGCAUCCUCCUCCUUGUACUCACUUCUUUCUAGCCCCACCUUGACCUGGGCUGGGCUGGAACAGCCCCAAGUCCUCACUGACUCCUUCCCCUGACUCCGAGGCUGUCUCUUAUAAGUGCUGCACACACCACGGGUCUGAGGUUGGCAACCUCCCAUUUUCUGACCUCCCCCUCUCAUCCCUUCUAGAACACUCACCACCCCAACUUCUAGACUUGCUCAAAGCUAGUGACUAGGACAGGAUUUGAUCCCAUAACUCCCUGUCUAAGGUGCUGAUUGCUGCUAACCACAUUGCCUGCAUUCCUCUCUUGGUGGUAGCGUGCUGAUGAGGUGAUGCCCUAACCAACUGGAUGGAGCCUCACUGAUGAAAUUCCAGGCACUGGGACUGACAAGCUGGCAAAGGCUGUGGGUGGGGGUUGGGGCUGGGCAGGGAGGUAGCCUGCAGCAGGCUUGGCACAAGAGGGAGGAGUCAGAUGUAGAGGAAGUGGCCCAUGUGGCUCUGAGGCUCUCGGUGACCUGCUUGAGCUCCUGCUGACCUUUGGUGUUUGUUCUCUGAUGACUUGAGGGCUUGGGAGCCUGUGCCCUCACCUCAGACAGAACUGGAGGAUCUAGGAUGGCGUUCAUCCCCUCUCUUCCUCUCUCCAUCCUGGAUACCUGCCCCGCCUUUCCCUCCAGGUAUGCAUCUGUAGCCUGCCCCUCCAGGAGUCGCCAGCCAGCCUGGGGGUGGCAGAGAAAUAAACAGCAUUUCUGAUGCUC